AUCAACUGUAGGAUGGAAUGGAUAUUUUUUAAAGUUACAGUCCUUUUACUGGUCAAUCAGAUGCAAGUCAAAGAGGUUAAUUUUAUAACCUCUUUAUGCCAGUGAUGUCUUGUGUGUCACCUGACCUGUAGCAUGCCAAAGCAGUUAAUUUAAUAAAUGUAAACACCUGUGUGAGACAGGUAGUAGCUGGGGAAAGAUGGCUGUAGGUCCUGGCAGAGCUGCAUGCUUUGUGUAUGUGUGUGCACACACAGUGUAGAAAAGUUAAAUCCUGCAGCACCUGUGCUGGUCCCGUCGUGGUUCACAUGGCUCAAAGUGAUGAAGAGGCCGCUGAUGAGUCAGGCAGGAUGCCUCUGAACGCAGGAGACGCCGGGUACGGCAGCGUGGCAGGGUCCGGGAUGUCGAGCAGGGUGGGCGGCUCAGAGUCGGCCAACCUGCUCAUCCCGGAGCCUGAACCGGAACCGGAGCCUUUCCAGCAGUGGCGGCCCAUGACCAAGGAGGAGCUGCAGGUCGCCGCGGGGGGUCCGGGUUGGAGGAAGGUGCGUUCUUACCUGGUGAUGCUAUUCUGGCUGGCGUGGAUGGCCAUGCUCGCCACCUGCAUCGCCAUCAUCAUGCUGAGCCCCCGGCCGGUUGCUACGCCGCUCAAGUGGUGGCAGAAGUCGCUGUUCUACCAGCUGCAGGCCGAGGGGUCAGAGGGCAUCGAUGCGCUGUGUGAGCAGCUUCCCUACCUCAGGUCCCUGGGUAUAAGAGCUCUCAUCCUGGAGGCUCUGUUUGAUAAGAAGGCUUCUCCUUUAAACUUCAAUGCGACUGGUGAAGGGUUCGGGACUCUGCCUCAGAUCCUACAUCUGCUCGCAGAGAGCAAAAAAGCAGAUCUCAAAGUGGUGUUAAACGUCUGUGAGGUGGAUCUGUCGGGUCCUCAGGGUGUAUCAGGAGACAUUGAUGAGACAUCAAACCUCACAGCACAUCAUGCACUCCGGUUCUGGCUGGAGCAGGGUGUGGCAGGCUUUGCAAUCUGUGACACAGAUGCAGCGUAUUCCGAAGAGACUCUUCUGGAGUGGAAAAGUGUCUUUAAAGAAUUCAGCAGGGAGGAUGAGGAAAGGAUUGUGGUGGUAAAACAAACCGGAGACGUUCUGCCUUCUCUAAAGAACUCCAACCAGAACGUUACGCUGGUGGAUAUGGUCAUGAGGUCAAUUAUGCCAACUUCACAACACCUCUUGUCUCCCGAGGAAGUUGCUAAUGCCAUAGAGAUGCACCUGCAAACAAGAGAAGAAGACUUAUGGCCCAGCUGGACAGUUGGAGGUAACGCAUCCCAUGACUUGAAGAAAUUACUCCUGGUGUUAAUAAUGACUUUGCCGGGAUCACCCGUAGUCCAGUAUGACGAAGACAUCGACCCAAGACAGAAUGUGUCUCUGAAAGUCUGCUCGUCACAUGGAGACACGAACAACCCAUCUGACACCCAUGCGGAAAGGGAGAAAAAGAAACGGUCAGCUGUUGCCCUCUUCACCUCUCUCAGUCACUCCAGAGCAAGAGAAGAAGCUCUUCUGUUUGGCAGCUUCACUUUCCUUCCCUUCACUGCUUCCAUCAACUCCUCCUCUUCCUCCAACUCCACGCUUCCCUCGCCUUCAUCUCCCCCGAUCCUGGCCUUCUUGCGCUCCUGGGGUUGUGUCCACUUCCUCGUUCUGCUCAACGUCGGGUCUGAGGUUCACUCCGUGGAUCCAUCCUGGGCCCCAAGCCUGCCCAAAGCGGGAGUGUUUGUGGCCAGCACGAGAAUGGACCGUCUGGGCUCAACCACUCUGGACAUGCUGGAAGUGCAGCCCCGCGAAGCCAUUGUCAUCAAGCUGUUUGAAACAGAAAGCUACUCAUAGAGCUUUUCUGAAGUCAGUUACAUGGCGAUUUCUUGGAUUGGAAUUUUCCACCCAGAAUGACAAAAGUCUGACACAAUAGUCU